AUGGGCAUUAAGGGACUGGGAAAAUUCAUCGGGGACUUUGCGCCGCGCGCCAUCAAGCGCCAGGAGGUCGGCAGCUUCACAAGCCGCAUCAUCGCGAUCGACGCGUCGAUGUCGCUGUACCAGUUCAUGGUCGCGAUUCGCGAUGGAGACUCGUUCGGAAACUUCACAAACGACGCGGGAGAAUGCACGUCGCACAUCGCUGGCAUGUUAAACAGAGCAAUCAGGUUGUUGGAGCAGGGGAUUCGUCCGGUGUACGUAUUCGACGGCAAGCCCCCCGAGCUGAAGUCUGGCGAGCUCGCGAAGCGGCGGGAAGUGCGCGACGCAGCGCAGGCGGCGGCGGAGAAGGCGAAGGAGGAAGGCGACGCGGAGGAGCUGCGGAAGCAGAUCGUGCGGUCGGUUCGCGUGUCUAAGCAGCACAACGAAGACGUCCAGCGGCUGCUGCGGCUGAUGGGGCUGCCGGUUGUCCUCGCACCGUGCGAGGCGGAGGCGCAGUGCGCGGAGCUCACGAAGAAGAAGAAGGUCUGGGCGGCUGCGACCGAGGACGCGGACGCACUGACCUUUGGCGCAACGCGCUUGAUUCGGAAUCUGACCUUCUCAGAGAAGAAACCCGCGGCUGCGGUCGGUGCCUCGGGGUCGGCGGUCCUAGUCAUCGACUUACCCGUUCUGCUGGAGGAGCUGCAGUUCUCGCAGGAGCAGUUCAUCGACUUCUGCAUCCUCUGCGGCUGCGACUAUUGCAGCACGCUCAAAGGCGUCGGCGCGAAGACCGCCUACAGCCUCAUCCGCGAACACGGCAGCCUCGAAAACGUCCUCAAAGCCGUCGACCCUGAGAAGGUGCCGGAAAGCUACCCCUUCCGCGAGGCUCGCGCCCUCUUCAUCGAACCCGAAGUGACCCCCGCGGAAGAUAUCCAACUCUCCUGGGGAGACGUCGAUGUCGAAGGCCUCAAAACCUUCCUCGUCAAGGAAAAUCAAUUCAGCGAGCAGCGCGUGGAGAACUACAUCCAGCGGCUGAAGAAGGCCAAGGGCAAGACGUCGCAGACGCGUCUGGAGUCGUUUUUCGGCGCGGCGACGACCAAGUCCUCGUCGCUCAUGCAGAAGCAGCAACUCGAGAAGCAGAAGGAGCUGGAAAAGAAGAAGAGCCGCGGCGUCCGCGGCUUCGCAACCACCGCUAAGGCGAAGAGCGCUGUACGUACAGCAGCGGCGGAGGGAAAGGCGAAGCAGGCGGCCGCGGAGGCGGAGCCCCGAAAGGAGCCGAAGAAGCGCGCGCCUGAGGAAAAUGUCGACCGCGACGACGCGACGGCCGCGAAGAAGGCCAAACACGAGGGUCCCGCCGCCGCAGAGGCGCGCGGGAAGGAGGAAGAGCCGCAGAGCGAGAAGACUGCGCCGCAGAGCGAGAAGACUGAGCCGCAGAGCGAGGCUGCGGAAGCAGAGAAGGGAAGGGGAAGCCCUGCGAAAGCGGAGAGCGGAGAUCAGCUGAAUCCCGCGAGUUCAGACGCGAAAUCCGCGCCCACGAAGGAAAGGACAGAAGAGGCUGCGGCCUCUCCGUCAGCCACUGGCGGAAGCCUCUUCGAAGACGGCGAGGGAGAGGAAAACAUCGCGCCGAGUGAAGUUUGCGCGUCGUGA